UUGAAGAGGAAUUUCUAGUUUUAUCUACAACACAUCUUAGCAGUUGCAGAGAAAACCAAACAAUGGACCUGCUCAAGGAAGAAUGUUUGAGGGAAGAAACAUGAUGCUGGUGCGGGUUUUGGUGGUGAUCGCACUGCUUGUUAGUGAUGUGGCAGGGAACAACAAUACCUUGGAAGUGGAGGAGCGACUGUACAAUCCUCAUCAUCUAACUCAAGGACAUUGUGAUGAAAAUUGGUUUUAUUUUCCUCCUUUAAACACCUGUAAUCGGUUUUUCCGUGACCAAAAGACAUGGAAGGAAGCUGAGGAGUUCUGCAAUCAGCUCCCACAUUAUGGAAAUCUGGCAACUGUGACCUCAAACAUACACAACAUAUUCAUUGCUAACGUGAUCCGUGCUGUGGAUGCAAACAGCCCUACGGCAUGGAUUGGCCUGAACGACAUAUGGAAGGAAGGGCCUUUCACAUGGAGUGAUGGAACUUCCUACACUUACAGAUGCUGGGCUGGCCAUCAGCCUGAUAAUCACCAAGGCAAUGAAGACUGUGUGCACAUUCUUUCUGGAAGUUCUAGAACUUGGAAUGAUUUGCCCUGUGGAGUUAGGAUUGGUUUUGUUUGUGCCUUCAAACUUCACUGUACUUAGAAGACUCCAGUGGUUUCCAGCGGAGGAUUCAGUGCCUGAUGUCUUUGUAGCU